AUGCAUACCACGACUGCUCAUAGAGAUACUACUUAUCCAUCCCGUUCCAUUAGGUCCAUCUACAACGUUACUAUAAAGACGGUAUUGGUCCUCACUUGGUUAGCACUUCUCUGUAGUACUUUGGUCCAUGCCAAUCCCAUAUCAUCCAUAGAAUUCAAUCAAGCAGUCGAUGCAGGCAUGUACGAUGUGGUUUCCUCACCGACGUUUCAAAAAUACAUUACUGAGGUCAUUGGUUUUUUGGUCGUUCCCUUGUGUCAAACGAAAAUCGAAUAUCCUUCUCGAUGGCCAGUUUCAUCAUCCAUAAGUGAAUUGAAAAUGUGUUACGAUGGUUCUUCAUAUAUUCCUCAACCAUGGCCUCAAAUUUAUCAUGAAGUUGGAAAUCGAUUGAUGGAUGCCCUCAACAAACAUUAUCAAAUGACAAUGAAAGCAAAAUUUGUUCCUUGGUCAUGA